AUGCGUUCUUUGUGGCCUCAUUGUUGUAGCAGGAGAUCAGAGGAGAAUCUUAUAUCUUCAGAUUAUAAAGCAGAUGAUGAUAUCACACAAGAUACAUAUGAAGAACAUUCCAUUAUCCCAGAUACACCCUCAGCCCUUCACAGCCAAGAUCUGUCAUCUCAUCCUUAUAUACAGGUCCUGUAUUCUCAGUCAUCACAGGAUGUUCACCAAAAUAAAGGUCACAGAAGGGAUGUUGGGCAUCAACAAGCUCAUACAGUAUUUAAACUAUAUUCAUGCUUAGAAUGUGGGAAAUGUUAUAUUUCUAAAUCAGAGUUUGUUGUACAUCAAAGAACUCACACAGGAGAGAAGCCAUUUUUAUGCUCAGAAUGUGGGAAAUGUUUUACUUCUAAAUCAGUUCUUGUUAAACAUAAAAAAACUCACACAGAAGAGAAGCCGUUUUCAUGUUCAGAAUGUGGGAAAUGUUUUACUUUUAAAUCACAUCUUGUUAGACAUCAAAUAACUCACACAGGAGAGAAGCCAUUUUCAUGUGCAGAAUGUGGGAAAUGUUUUACUCUCAAACCAAAUCUUUAUAAACAUCAAAUAACUCACACAGGAGAGAAGCCAUUUUCAUGUUCAGAAUGUGGUAAAUGUUAUACUGAGAAAGCAAAUCUUGUUUACCAUCAAAGAACUCACACAGGGGAGAAGCCAUUCUCAUGUGCAGAGUGUGGAAAAUGUUUUGCUAAGAAAUCAAUUCUUGGUGAACAUAAACGAACUCACACAGGGGAGAAGCCAUUUCCAUGUGCAGAAUGUGGGAAAUGUUUUACUCAGAAAUCAAGUCUUGUUAAACAUCAAAGAGAUUGUGCAGGGAAGAAGCAAUAUUCAUGUUCAGUAUGUGGAAAAUGUUUUACUUCUAAAUCAAGUCUUGUUGAACAUCAGAGAACUCACACAGGGGAUAAACCAUUUUUAUGUUCAGAAUGUGGAAAAUGUUUUACUUUUAAAUCACGGCUUGUUAGACAUCAGAGAAUUCACACAGGAGAGAAGCCAUUUGUAUGUUCAGAAUGUGGAAAAUAUUUUACUCAGAGAUCACAUCUGUCUGAACAUCAAAAAAUUCAUAUUGGAGAGAAGCCAUUUUCAUGUUCAGAAUGUGGUAAAUGUUUUACUCAGAGAUCACAUCUGUCUGAACAUCAAAAAAUUCAUAUUGGAGAGAAGCCAUUUUCAUGUUCAGAAUGUGGAAAAUGUUUUACUCAGAGAUCACAUCUGUCUGAACAUCAAAAAAUUCAUAUUGGAGAGAAGCCAUUUUUAUGCUCAGAAUGUGGAAAAUGUUUUACUUCCAAAUCAUGGCUUGUUCAACAUCAGAGAACCCACACAGGAGAGAAGCCAUAUUCAUGUGCAGAAUGUGGAAAAUGUUUUACUCGAAAGGCAAGUCUUCUUAUACACCAAAGAACGCACACAAAGUAGCCUUCUAACUUGUCAAAUUGUACAAAAACUACAACAUUGCAGUCAAAGUCACAAGAGACAUCAAUUUAGAGCAAUAAAUUUACAUGGGAAAAGUAGAAGUAUUCCAAAAAAUGUCUGAUAUACAAAAUGCAAACAGAAUCCAAAUAACACAUCUGU